CUGCCCCCUCCACUUACCUCCUCCUCACAGCCUCUGCGCGAAUGAGAGCCGCUAUCUCCGCGCAAUAACAAACACAGCGCUCCUGCUUUCCUGCGCCUGGCGUGAAGUACUCGCUCCUGGUCGCACCGUAAACGACCGCUGCGUAACAGCCACCAGCCCCGCGUUCGGCUCGGACAUGAUCCCGGUGAUCCGGAGAUGAGGCUCAGAAAUGGCACCUUCCUAACGGUCUUAUUGUUUGGACUAUGCGGACUUAUAUCGCUGUCCUGGUACACCGCAUUCAGCAAUUCCAAAGGUGAUGUGGUGGACGUGUACCAGCGGGAGUUCCUGGCCCUGAGGGACCGCCUUCACUCUGCGGAGCAGGAGAACCUGAAGCGCUCCAAAGAGCUCAACCUGGUGCUGGACGAGAUCAAGCGGGCCAUCGCCGAGAAGCAGGCGCUCCGAGACAUCAACCGCACCUGGAGUAGCCUGUCAGAUGAGACAAAACUUAAGCUGUGGAAUGUGAGCAGCAGUAAGAAUGUCCUGCAGCUGCCCAGCAUCUUCCACCACCUGCCUCACCUGCUGGCCAAGGAGAGCAGCCUACAGCCUGCUGUGCACAUUGGCCAGGGACGCACCGGAGUGUCGAUCGUGAUGGGCGUGCCCAGCGUGAAGAGGGAGGUGCACUCGUACCUGACGGACACCCUCAGCUCGCUCAUGACCGAGCUCAGCCCCGCCGAGAAAGAGGACUGCGUCAUCGUGGUCUUCAUUGCCGAGACGGACCAGCAGUACGCCAAUAGUGUGGCUGACAACUUGAAGCGCCUGUUUCCAGUAGAGAUUCAGUCCGGUCUUCUGGAGGUCAUAUCCCCCUCCAUUCACUUCUACCCAGACUUCUCCAACCUCAAAGAGUCUUUCGGAGACCCCAAAGAGAGGGUCAGGUGGCGGACGAAGCAGAACCUGGACUACUGUUUCCUGAUGAUGUAUGCCCAGUCUAAAGGAACUUACUAUGUGCAGCUGGAGGAUGACAUAGUGGCGCGUCCAAACUACUUCACCACCAUGAAGAACUUCGCCCUGCAGCAGCCAUCAGAAGAGUGGAUGAUUCUCGAGUUCUCACAGCUGGGCUUCAUAGGUAAGAUGUUCAAGUCCAUCGACCUGUCGCUCAUCGUGGAGUUCAUGCUGAUGUUCUACAAGGACAAGCCCAUCGACUGGCUGCUGGAUCACAUCAUGUGGGUGAAGGUGUGCAACCCAGAGAAGGAUGCGAAACACUGUGACCGACAGAAGGCCAACCUUAGGAUCCGCUUCAAGCCCUCCCUCUUCCAGCACGUGGGCACCCACUCCUCUCUGGCCGGAAAGAUCCAGAAGCUGAAGGAUAAGGACUUUGGGAAGCAGACGCUUCACAAGGGUCACGCCAAUCCCCUUGCGGAGGUCACCACUAGCCUGAAGACCUAUCAGCACUUCACGCUGGAGAAGGCCUACCUGGGAGAGGACUUCUUCUGGGCCUUCACUCCCGUGGCCGGGGACUUCAUCCGUAUUCGCUUCUUCACCCCUGUCCGCAUCGAGAGAUACUUCCUCCGCAGUGGGAACAUUGAGCACCCAGGGGACAAGCUCUACAACACCACGGUGGAGGUGCUGCCUUUCGACAAUAUUCAAUCAGAGAAGGAAGCCUUGAAGGAAGGCAGGGAAAAAACACCGAAGUACCAUCGCACUGAGGACGGCUUCAUCCGGAUAGGAAAGUUCCAGAAUGGGAUUGCAGAGGGAGAAGUGGAUCCUUCCUUUGGUCCUCUGGAGGCCUUAAGGCUCUCAAUACUGACAGACUCGCCCGUCUGGGUCAUCCUUAGUGAGAUAUUCAUCAAGAAAGCAGAAUGAGCAAACUCACAGCAAUACCUCACAAAUCCAUUCAGCCUUUGGGCAAAAGGAGGAGAGGCCUUUUCCAGCUGCUCUUCCCAGGCUUUGGCCCAGUGGUGAUUUAACAUGGUUGAAUGCCGCCACCUGCUGGCGUUAAGCUGGUACAGCAGGUUCGAGUCAGAGACGCGACGGUCAGCCAUCCCACAAGAGUGCAAGGGAGAAUUUGCCUGGACAAAUGACAGCGACCGUGACUACGGGGGGGGGGGGACAGAUGACGCUGUAUUUUAUAAACUGUAUUUAUGUGUGUAUAUACGCUCAUGUUUCUGUAAUUGUAAUUACACUGGUUAAUGUCAAUGGGCUUGCUGGAUUGUCUCGCCCCUUUGACGAAUUUAUGACAUUUAAAAGUGCUGCUUUCAGAAUGGAAGACUUUGCUUUUGAUUUUUCCAACCUAAGUAAUCUUUAAUUUGCUAAAUUAAAAAUUGCCUUGUA